ACAUGGAUCAGAAAUAGAAACAGAACGUGUAUAAAAGCUUGGGACAGACCCUAGCCCAGACACAGACACAGCGCUGAGAGAGUAAGCCAGAAGAUACAGCCAGCCGGAGCAUCCUUGAAUCUUAAAACAAACAGGAAAACCAGCAGACCUUAAGACCCACCAACAAGACCCAGCGAAGGUGAUAACCAGAGACAAGAUCUAACCACAGCAGAGAUAAUGCCGUUCUGUACCAUCCUGGAGAAGAGUAAUGGUGUGGUGGUGGGAGCUAAGCUGAGCUGCACCGUACGGGAGGAGAACAAGGCCCACAGGGAGAGCUACAGCGCUGACUGGCACAGUGUCGGUAUCAAGACUCAACCUGAAGAGAGGCAGGCAAUGAAUUUUAAUGACACAACCCGGAGGGAGACUCUGUCCCGGCAGUGGCUGGCCCGUUCCCUUCAGCAGGCCUGUCCCUCUGGUGUCUUCAGAGUAGGCACUGUGGAAAGAGGGGUGAGGGAGCACCAGCUGCUGCCGAAGAGAAAGACCCUCCCUCUGCCCAUCUUCACCCCCGCAGAGCUUGGUAUCAGGCUUGGACGUGGAGCCCCACACACGGAGGAAGACCUCAGGCCCUUCCCCACCCCAGACGGAAUCUGUCCCAGCAAGAAGACCGUGGACGAGAUCACCAGGGAUCUCCCCCCUAUCAAGCCAACUCUCAUGGAGUUCGCCAAAGACGCCAAGGCCCUGGGUCGCUCCAUGUCCCAAGAGGCCCAGAGAGGGUGAAGAACAGGAAGAGGAGGAGGGCAAGUUCAGGAGAGACGAGAAGGGUGACAGUUGGAAAAGGAUAGUCAUUGAUCAGAGUGUGUCAGGAAAGAGCGAGACGAGGUGUAUAUAGAUUUAUCUCUAUUCACAUUCAUCCCUAAAACUGUAGAUCAUUAGCAUUAUCUGUGUUUCUUGGUGAGCACAGCACCAGGUAAAUGUCACACUUUGUCACUGAUGGCAUUUGCUGGUCAGUAUGAAGGCAUUUGCACUAUGAUGGAGAGGGAGGGUUUGUAUUCUCAGCUGUGCCAGGAGCAGAUCUCAGUCUGUGCUGGCCAGCUGACCUCAACAUAUCUGCUGAUCUUUGAAGGGGAGCCAAACUAGUGCUGCGAACAAUAGAAAAGUGCAAGUGGGCUUUAAAGGUAAAUGAAAGUGCUCCUAAGGUUAGCUGUUUCAUAGAUUAUUCCAUCAGUUGAUGGGGAUUGCAUGCAGUGAUGCAGAAAGUGACGGAGGGAAAAUGUGUGCAAAAGAAAGGUCUGGGUUUUAAACUGUAAAGAGGUGAGGAGAGGACUGUCAGAGAGGACUGGAGGGGUGAGGGGUUGAGAAACAUCCAGACCUCCACAGUCUCUGAUCUUUGUGCAGAGUACAGACUGCCCUGACAUGUCCACACAUUGUAACUGUACAUAAGUGUCUUUGAGUGUCUGUGUUUGGGUGUGUGUGUCCGCUGGCACCUCUAAUCGAGAGGACUUGGGAAAACUAAUAAGCUAUUGUUUACUUUGAGUAUUCACUGACCUGUCUGAUAGUUGAGCAUUAGCUCAUA